AUGGUUUGCGAUUUCAUGCAUGAUAUUCCCGAACGAGUAGCUCGUUAUGAUAUGGCAAUCAUUGUACAAAAUUUCAUAAUUAAGAAAUAUUUUACUCUUGAUCAAUUAAACUCUCGUAUUAUUCUUUAUCAGUAUGGUAUAAUAGAAAAUAAAAAUUUUCCUCCAAAACUUAAUCAAUCAAAUUUGAACAAUGGCUCCAUAAUAAUGUCUGCCUCGGAAAUGCUCUGUUUAGUGAGAAAUUUUGGUCUCAUUGUUGGUGAAUUGAUUCCUAAAAGUUCAAAAAAUUGGAAACUAUAUAUUUUAUUGAGAACAAUUGUUGAUUUAUGUUGUGCUUGGAGUAUAGAACCCGAGUGUUCUAAAUUAUUAGAUUCUCUUGUUACUGAACAUAAUCGACUAUAUAUGGAAAUUAUCUAA